CGAAAAGAACAUGAUAAUAAAAAAAUAAUAUCUAAAUGGCUAAACCCUAAGGAGCUGGAUCUAUUUGGAACCCCAACAGUUGGCAUUGGGAAGAAAAGAAUUACACCACAAUUGCCAGACAAUUAAUUGAAUAGAAAAUUAAGGCACUCAAAAUUGAAUCUGGAGACAUCACAUUGACCAACAUAGAACUCAAAUCAAUCAGUGGAGACGUACUUGAUCCGUUAUGACUUUAGGCAUAAGUUAACAUAAGAAAAGGAAAAUAAGUACUAGUCUACGAUUUUGAUAUUGAAGUGGAAUGGAGAGGUAAUUUAAUUAAACUAGAUUUGAAGGCUCCAAUGAAAGUGAUGAAGCAGAAGGAACUUAUAAGAUCAAAGAUUUAAAUUCCUUAGAUAAUGAUUUUGAAGUGAUUCAUAUCAACAGCAGAUCCAAAACUAAAAUCUCAGACAAAUGCAAGGAUAUUGUCAAGAGAGAUAUGCACAUGAAGUUAAAAGAAUCAUUCAAAACUUUGAUGUAAGAAAUAGGCCAAUUUGAAUCAGACCCUGAAAAAUUGUAUAAAUUUUAAAUUAUAUUUUUAGAAAGAAAGAUCAAGAAGCCAGGAAACAUGCUGAGGAGUAAAUAAAAUUAGCCAAAGAAUAGAAUGGAGAAUUGAAGGAACGCAUAUUUUAAGAAUAAAAACUUAAAGAAAUGAAGAUGAAAUAAGAAUUUACAUAAGUUUCCUCGUAAUGA